UGGAGCAUCGGGAUUGUUGCGCUAGAAUUGCUUUUGGGGACUCCAAAUGUUUUCAGUGUCGACCAACGAACCAAAGCAAUCAUUUCGCAUAAAAUGCGAAAAGAAGGAGCAUCAGACCGCGAGAUAAAUUAUGCAUUAGCAGCUCUUUCCCAAUUUUGUAUUUUCAAUCCAUCACUUGAGUCGCAGCACGAUUGGCCUCUUCGUCGCGGUGAUCCGCUUCAUAGCUCGGCUAUGGUGAAGGACUCCUGUACAAUAUCCGAUUUUCAUUUUGCAUUACGAGCUCGUGAUCCUCUUGGAAUUGGGUUUGACUCCUCGACUGAUACACUGUUACACCUAAUUUGGCAACUUCUCGAAUGGAAUCCGACUAAGCGGAUUUCUCCCUACGAAGCACUCCGUCAUCCCUACUUC